UUAAUAUGGGAGUGUAAAAAACAGAGUGUAGGAAAGACUUUACCCCAAAUUGAUAUCAAGGAGAGGAAGCUCCAGAGUUAAUUUGAAAGGACAGAAUUUGGGAAAAGUAGAUUUAAAACUAUACCAUGAGUUUGUCGGCGGCAGGGGCGGCGGCGGUGGCUUCAUCGGCGACGGAUGAUGGUCAUCCCUUACAUCAUGAAUUGGCGGUGGCGGUGGCGGACGUUACUGCAAUAUCCAUUCAAGAUCGCAAGGAUCAGACCCUUCUUGCGCUUAAGUCUGAGUUGAUGGGGAAACUCGAUAAAGAGGUUAAAUCUCUAGAUGAUGAUAGCUGGAUGUUCGAUGGACCUCGAUCACGUAUUAAUUUGAUUUCGCGACCAGGUGGUCUUCGACAUGGGCACAAAAAAUUGUCAGCUUGUCACGACAUGGCUCCACGAAAAUGAUGAAGAUAUCCUCAAUGCUUCUACUUUGGUUGCUGAUGUCUUUUCGGUUGGGAAGUGAGCUUCAUCCGAACUAUGAUACGUUCUUCUUUCCGCUCGUCUGAUUUGAUCCUCUCUGCGAACUGAAGAUAUUUUGAAAGAAACUAUAGUAGGAAUGUGCAUGCGUAAGGUUAGUGAGAGUGAGUGUGUCUACGCUUGUGGAGCUUCUUGGCAGGGAGGAAAAAUGUAGAAAGGGAAAUGCCAUUUUAGACAAACUGAGUGCUAAACUUGAGCAUAGCACUAUAUUAGGACGCUCCAAAGAUGUGUGUUCCUUCUAUUUCUUCUGUAUAUGUGAAGAUUAUUAGAGCAUUCACAUCCGUUGAGUAAGGAGCUUAUUCAACGGAGUAGGAGACCACUUAUGAGUAAGCAAUAUGCAUUGGUGAGACUCACCUACUUACUCA